AUGGCGAACAUGGCGUCGCCAAAACCCGCCAAAUCAAAGUCCUCAGGGACUGUGAGGAGUCGUACAGGGUGCCAGACUUGCCGCACACGCAAGCUGAAGUGCGACGAGGCGAAGCCGAUCUGCGGACAAUGUCAAAAGUCGCGCCGCGACUGUGUGCGCUCUGACCCAAUCACCUUCCGCCAUCACCAGAACUCGAGUUUUGGCAAGGAUGGCCAAGAACACUCCCUCGACAGUUUCUUCAAGUACAGCCAAACCUACAGCGAAGAAGAUCUGAAGGCGUUUCUACCGGUGCCACAACAGCUGACUUGGAUUCAUGUCUCCGACCCAACUGCAGAAGAUGCGAAUGCAGUCACUCCUCCUCGCACGCCUACCACCUCUGACAUGGUUCAGCAAGUCGCAGCUCACACUUUAGAGGCUCUGUCGACUGCAGCAGCUGACCAGACCUCAUAUCCUCCCCAGGGCACUGCCUACUAUACGACAGCCAACCCUGCAACAGAUUCUCACCCUGAGUAUGGAUUCGUGCAAGCCGAGCCUGCCAGCUCUACUAGUGGUGGCCUGUCCAGAAACAUUCACUAUUACCUCAGCAACUCGUCUCCUCAAGCUCAGACUGACGCUUCCCUGAUCGACCCAAACCUCGAGUCCACUGUGACUGCGACCUCUCAUGAAGGCGAGCAAAUGGACGAGGCGCGUGAUCUCAAAGCAGAAAGCGAGGACGAGGAACGCAAAGAACAGGAAGACAGCCUGACUGAUGCAGACACCAGGGUCGCUAUGGCGCUCAGAACUUUUAACGAACUCCAAACAUAG